AUGGUGCAGGGGGCAGAACCGGUGCAAGAGUCUGAACCGGUGCAGGAGGGGGCAAAAGUGGUGCAGGAGGAGGAGCAGAACUGGUGCAGGAGGCAGAAUUGGUGCAAGAGGAGGCGUGGAAACGGUGCAGGAGGAGAAGUAGAAAUGGUGCAGGGGGCAGAACCGGUGCAAGAGUCUGAACCGGUGGAGGGGGCAAAACUGGUGCAAGAGGAGGAGCAGAACUGGUGCAGGAAGCAGAAUUGGUGCAAGAGGAGGAGUAGAAACGGAAGAGCAUCGGAGCAGGAGGAGCCGCUCCGGAUCAGCAGGAAGAGCAUCAGAGCAGGAGGAGCCGCUCCGGAUCAGCAGGAGCAGCAUUGCAGCAGGAGGAGCCACUCCGGAUCAGCAGGAAGAGCAUCGGAGCAGGUGGAGCGGCUCCGGAUCAGCAGGAGCGGCAUUGCAGCAGGAGGAGCGGCUCCGGAUCAGCAGGAGCAGCAUUGCAGCAGGAGGAGCCGCUCCGGAUCAGCAGGAGCAGCAUUGCAGCAGGAGGAGCCGCUCCGGAUCAGCAGGAGCAGCACUGCAGCAGGAGGAGCCGCUCCGGAUCAGCAGGAGCAGCAUUGCAGCAGGAGGAGCCACUCCGGAUCAGCAGGAGCGGCAUUGCAGCAGGAGGAGCCGCUCCGGAUCAGCAGGAGCGGCAUUGCAGCAGGAGGAGCCGCUCCGGAUCAGCAGGAGCAGCACUGCAGCAGGAGGAGUCGCUCCGGAUCAGCAGGAGCGGCAUUGCAGCAGGAGGAGUCGCUCCGGAUCAGCAGGAGCAGCACUGCAGCAGGAGGAGUCGCUCCGGAUCAGCAGGAGCAGCACUGCAGCAGGAGGAGCGGCUCCGGAUCAGCAGGAGCAGCAUUGCAGCAGGAGGAGCCGCUCCGGAUCAGCAGGAGGAGCCACUCCGGAUCAGCAGUAGCGGCAUUGCAGCAGGAGGAGCCGCUCCGGAUCAGCAGGAAGAGCAUUGCAGCAGGAGGAGCCGCUCCGGAUCAGCAGGAGGAGCGGCUCCGGAUCAGCAGGAGCAGCAUUGCAGCAGGUGGAGUGGCUCCGGAUCAGCAGGAGCAGCAUUGCAGCAGGAGGAGCCGCUCCGGAUCAGCAGGAGGAGCCGCUCCGGAUCAGCAGGAGCAGCAUUGCAGCAGGAGGAGCGGCUCCGGAUCAGCAGGAGCAGCGUUGCAGCAGGAGGAGCCACUCCGGAUCAGCAGGAAGAGCUUCGGAGCAGGAGGAGCCACUCCGGAUCAGCAGGAGCAGCAUUGCAGCAGGAGGAGUCGCUCCGGAUCAGCAGGAGCAGCAUUGCAGCAGGAGGAGUCGCUCCGGAUCAGCAGGAGGAGCGGCUCCAGAUCAGCAGGAGCGGCAUUGCAGCAGGAGGAGCGACUCCGGAUCAGCAGGAAGAGCAUCGGAGCAGGUGGAGCGGCUCCGGAUCAGCAGGAAGAGCAUCGGAGCAGGAGGAGCGGCUCCGGAUCAGCAGGAAGAGCAUCGGAGCAGGAGGAGCGGCUCCGGAUCAGCAGGAGCAGCAUCGGAGCAGGAGGAGCCGCUCCGGAUCAGCAGGAGCAGCAUUGCACAGGAGGAGCGGCUCCGGAUCAGCAGGAAGAGCAUCGGAGCAGGUGGAGCGGCUCCGGAUCAGCCAUGGCCGGUCCCCGGCUGCCGGUGUCGGCCCGGCUGCAGCGGCUCGAGGCUCGCGUGUGGCGUGCGGAGCGGCGGCUGCGGGCGGCGCUGGGGCUGCGGGGGCGGCUGCGGGCGCUGGAGCGGCGCCUCGGCUCUGCCGGGAUAGGGGCACCGCUUGGGCAGCGCGAGAACGUCGGCGGGCUGAGGGCACCGGAAGGCACCGCCAUCCGUAUUAAGGAAGAGGAGGAGCCGAGCGCUGUGGAUCGAUGGGAGGGUGAGGUUGGAGAAGCUCCAGGAGAGCCCUUCCCAGCAGAGCCGGUCUUCCAUCAACCUUCCAACCCCACCAAGAAAGACGAGGAGAUGUUUGCCGAGGAGCUGCCAGGCGCAGGCGGUGAGGAGGACAUCCUGAAGGCUCCUGACGCAGGGCUGCAGAUUUACUCCGCCCGUGUUUUCUCAUGGAUUAAAGAAGAGGAGGGGCCACGUUGCCCUGAAGGCCAAGACUUGGAGAAAGAAGAGCUGCCUACAGGUCCCAAUAAAGCACACGGUGGUGAACCCACAAAGAGAGACCCUCUGGCCGAUGAUGGCUUUGAAAGCACGCCGUGCCGCUCAGAGGUCCCAGGAGAAGCUGAGGAGAAGUUCUCCAAGGAUCCCGGUGCCGGAGUGACCUGGGACAGUCAAUGGAAUUCAGAAGCGAUGGAAACCUCCACCCCGGGGAACGGCCUCGGAGGUGACGCCCAAUACGAGCGAGGGUUUGCUGAGCACUUGGACUUCUUCAGCGCUCAGGAGAACGGCGUCGGGAGGAGACCGUGCGUUCAAGGUCCUCCUGGGGACAUCCUUCCAGGUUCCACCUGUGAGAAGACUCUCACCGAAAGGAUGUUCCACCUACUCCACCCGCAGCCGCGCGCUCCGGGGGAGAAGGAGGUCGGGCAGGAGGUCGGUCCCACCACCCGCGAGGUGGUGGCCCGCUCCGAGCGUGGACACAACCUUAUGGGUGCAACCAAGCUUGGUGAUCUUGGUGGAGAGGAGCACCCACCCACGGAAAGCGAUGGGAGCUUCGCCACAGCCUUAAGGAACCCCUGCUGGGAUCACCUCCAGGAGAAGUCGGAGUCUUGUGCCAAGUGCCGGCAGCCGUCGUUGCCGCGGGGCGGCGCCGCCGCCCAACCGCAGGGCCAGGCCCGCGGCAAGUCCUACAUCUGCAGCGACUGCGGGAAAAGCUUCGUUUGCCACUCGUGGCUCGUUAGGCACCAAACGACUCACACGGGAGAGAGGCCCUACAAGUGCUCCGAGUGCGACAAAAGCUACAGGAGAAAGGAUUAUCUUCUCAACCACCAACGCCGGCACUCGGGAGAAGGGCUCUUCCAGUGUCCCCUCUGCAGGAAGAGGUUUGUGCUCAGGAGGAGUUUGGUGAAGCACCAGGAGAGUCACACGCAAGGAACCCACCUGACUUUGGGGGGAUGGUCCUGCGCGGCCAACCGGGGCUCCGUCAUGCACUCCAUAUAGGAGUUCCCAUCCCAGCGGUGGCUUUGUGGUCCUCUUGGUGGUCGUUUUGCUUUAGAAGCUGUCGGUCUCUGGGCUGGAUGGGCGCACGCUCUCCUGGGUUGGAAACGGGUUGGGUGGCCCAGAGGGUGGUGGUCAAUGGAGUCGACUCCGGAUGGAGGGCGGUCACAAGUGGGGUUCCUCAGAGCUCGGUGCUGGUCCAGCUCUGCCCAACGUCUUCAUCAAUGACGUGGAUGAAGGCAUUGAGUGCAAUGUUUGAGGAUGACACUGAGCUGGGUGGAAGUGUGGAUCUGCUGGAGGGUACGGAGGCUCCAAAGGGAUCUGAACAGGUUUGGACCACUGGGAUGAGACCAAUGGGAUGAGGUUCAACGAGGCCAAAUGCCGGGUCCUGCACUUGGGGCACAACAACCCUAUGCAGCGCUACAGACUGGGGGAAGAGUGGCUGGAGAGCUGCACGGAGGAGAAGGACCUGGGGGUGAUGGUUGACAGCCGACUGACCAUGAGCCAGCAGUGUGCCCAGGUGGCCAAGAAGGCCAACGGCAUCUUGGCUUGGAUCAGAAAUGGGGUCACCAGCAGGUCCAGGGAGGGGAUUCUCCCUCUGUACUCGGCACUGGUGAGACCGCACCUCGAAUACUGUGUUCAGUUCUGGGCCCCUCACCACAAGAAGGAUGUUGAGGCUCUGGAGAGUGUCCAGAGAAGAGCAACGAAGCUGGUGAGGGGCUGGAGAACGUCUGACGAGGAGCGGCUGAUGGACCUGGGGGUGUUCAGCCUGGAGAAGAGGAGGCUGAGGGGAGACCUUAUUGCUCUCUACAACUGCCUGAAAGGAGGUUGUGGAGAGGAGGGUGUUGGGCUCUUCUCCCAAGUGACAGAGGACAGGACAAGGGAAUGGCCUGAAGCUCCGCCAGGGGAGGGUCAGGUUGGAUAUCAGAAGGAAAUUCUUCAUGGAAAGAGUCAUCGGCACUGGAACAGCUGCCCAGGGAGGGGGUGGAGUCGCCUUCCCUGGAGGUGUUUAAGGAACGGGUGGAUGAAGUGCUGAGGGCCAUGGUUUAGGGAGUGUUAGGAAUGGUUGGACUCCACGAUCCAAUGGGUCCUUUCCAACCUGGUGAGUCUGUGAUGAUUUUUUGCCAGGCCAGGCUGUGGCAGGAGGACGCAGCUCGGUGGUGGACCUUGGUGGGAGGAGGAGGCUUUCCAAGCCCUUCUGACCCCUCUUCCAAACAAAAGGGAGAAGGUUGGAGUGGGGCUCUCUUCCCGAGGCUGCGUUGUGGUGGUUG